CCGGUUGUAUAAGUUUAUCAUUUUUAUUAUGGAUAUGUCCCUACAAUAUUUAUACCGCUGAACAGCCGAAGCUUCAGUAACAUCUGUGAUUAUUGAAGCAUGUGUUUGUAGGGUUACUUUGGGCUACCUGUUGUAUAAAGAAAAACCCCUGGGGGCUAAAGGUACUUUUAUGUUCAAGCCAUCCUUUUUGUACAGAAGAGACAAUACCAACCAAUCAAGUACAUCAAUACAAUGAUGUAAUGGGAUUACUAACUGUUGGUAUAAUUGCAUGUAACAAUCUAAGGAAGUCUGCUUAACAUUGAACAGUUCACAAAAUCUUCUAAAUUAGUCUGCGGGUUCAAAUUUAGUAAGCAUCAAGGUUGGAUGUGCAAGCAUGACAACUACUACAAAGCCUCGUCGAGCAUCUGCCAAAGCAUGUCUCAAGGCCAUAUGUGGACUUACUACUCUCCAGAACUCUGAUGAUAGCUCAAUAUCUGAAAAUAUUGAAAGUGAGAUGUCAGAUUAUGUUGUCGAAAGUGGGAACAAUAGUAUCACUACCGAAGAGAGUGGUUCGAAUAGUGAAAGUAAAGCUGAGAGAUCAAACGAUUUUAAACUCUCGUCAGCAAAUUCAUCAUCAACAGGGUCGCUUAUUGAUGAACCAUGUCGUAAAAAAUCAUCAAUUAAAGUUCAUCGUCCUGUCUUAGGUGACAAAGGAUGCUUGAGAUCUCCUUUCGUUAGAUAUAUGAGGUCUUGUCGUGGUCGUAUUGAUCGUGAUCCUAAAUCUAUAGCUCCUGCGAAAUUCCUGCAGUCACUAGAUUCACUAAAACAUAUGUUCAGUAAUACGCAAAAUCCAUUUCUGUUUUGUCCCAGUGAAUAUAAAUCAAACUUUAUGUAUCGGAAAAAAGCUCUAUUUCCAACUUCGGGCGCGUGGGUACGAUCACCUAUUUAUAUCAAAAAGGAUCACCUUCCACAACCUCCCAUCAGCCCCAUAUAUUUAUCUGAUGAAGUAAAUUCAGUUAAAUUAAAACGGUUCGAAUAUGACAAGGGUUCAAAUUUAAUAUAUGCUGGUGGAGCAGUAACGUGUUUGUCAUGGUGUCCUCCUCGUCUUUCUUCACUUCUGGAUUCUGAAUCAAUUGUAAAUGAAUGUUCAUUUCUUGCGACUUCUUCUGUUCUUACGCCAGAUUCACAAACGCUCUAUUCUGAUAAGAUGAAGAAUUGUCCUGGAGUUAUACAGAUAUGGAAUUGUGGGGUUUUAGGUCUAACAGAAGUGUCAAGUAAUUUAAACCCUGAAAUUCACUUUAUCAUUUCACAUGAUUGGGGUCGAAUUACUGAUAUGUGCUGGAUACCAGUCUCACCUUUUUCCGGCAUUAAAGAACUAGUGACAAAAGCUUGUUCUUAUGGAUCGUGCAUAAUGACUAUUCCUGAAGUAGAUCGAGUUCUUGGUCAUUUAAUUGUUGCUUGUCAAGAUGGUUUUAUUCGUAUAUUUUCUAUACCAACUUGUCCAAUGAAUUUUGGGUUUGAGAAUUCAUCUGCUUCACAAUUCGCUUAUACACUUUCGAAAAAUUGUUACCUCACGCUGUCCCCAUCUGUCAAAGAAAAUCCUCAUUGGGUUGGUUGGCCAACUUGUACACAUAUUCGCCGUGAAUUCCCAGAUCGCCUUUUUGUUGGAUAUACAACAGGUUAUGUAGGCUAUUACAAUUUGAGUAGUCUUAAUGAUUUGGUUUAUUCGCCUCAGUAUAAUCAUUUAGCUCCUGUGAAAAUGUCACGUCUGACAAGCAGUCCAAUCACAUCAUUGUCUCUCCAUCCUCUUAAUGGAAAAAUCUUGUAUGUACAAGCCUUAGAACGUGUCGGUGGUGUCUGGGAUUUGGAUGACUCUGUAUGUUUCACUUCAGAGUCAGGUGAAAUCAGUUGGAAUCCAGUACAUGGUUUUAUGGGACGUGAAGGAAUAUGGAUUAGUAAUGGUGAAUUUUUAGUUGGUUCACGUGAAACGUGGUUUACUUCGACAUCAUGUAGAAAUACUCAACUUCCCAAAUGGCCUGCAUUAUUUGAUACCAUGGAUAACUGUAUUGGUCAGUUUUUACCAUCUGAACCAACUGAUGGUUGUAGCCAUUUAAUACCAUUAGGAAUCCAGUCACUUACGAGUGUGGAUUUUAGUGAUUCUCUCAAUGCACUUGUGUGUAGUACAGACAGAGGACGUAUUGAAGUGAUUGCUGAAUCUGUAGAGAAGCGGAAAUGUGAUCCGUCACGUCCAAAAUAUAUUCCUGAGAUGAGAAUACCAUUAUGUCAGUGGACUAUGGAAAAACGCCCAUCAGAAGAAUUUGCUCACUGUAACUCGUCAAAAACGGAAGAAAAAAUGGAAGAAUCAGUGGAUUUAACUACAUGUGAUUAUGACAUAAUAGAUAUUAAUGCAUUUAUUAAUGAAUGUAAAAUCGAUCCUGUACCGACUAAUAGUGCCUCUUUUACCACUACAAUUACUAAUACUACUACAACCAGUACCGCCAUCACUUCUGCCCUUAAAUCAGAGACGGAUGUUGGAGAACUAGACGAUGCAGAGCUUCAACACUUUCUUUUCCCUUCACCUAAUUGUGAACAUUGUGGAACUGAUCAAUCUAUGUGCUGGCAUAAGCUUUGGUCGAAUUAUCAAAUACGGAUUUUGUUAAAGGAUAAAGUACCUAAGAAACCUGAAUUGGAUUUCAUUAAUACUCCUAUGUUGAAAAUAAAUAAAGUUCGUUUCAAUCCGAGUCCAACGAGUGCAACAUGGAUCGCCGUAGCCAGUAGUAUAGGUUUUAUACAAUUUAUAUGUGUGGAACAAUUAUAUUGUCAAAGCUUCGAUAUUCUAUUAAAUCGAAAACCAACGGGAAAAGACUCCAUUUAUUUAACUUCAAAAUCACAAGAUAUUGUUCUUAGUAGACCAGUGAAUUCAUUGAUCAGAAAUUCAGUUAAAAGAAAUCAACGUAAAGCAAGAACUUCAUCGAACAUUUCCACAAAACAAUCUGUACAAAUGAAAUCGGAUAAUGAUGAAAUGGAUGUAGUUCCAAAGGUGUUGACAAAGACUGUUGAAAAUGAUUCAUCGGAUGAUAGUGAUGCAACGGAAAUGAUGGUUAAUGAUAUGCAGACAUUGAAUAUUACUGAUGUCAAUCAUGAUAAUUACGUCACAACACGAAGAAGAAGUAGGCGUCUACAAGCUCAACGCAAUUUUUCUUCUGCAUCGACAUCUUCAACUGAUCCAUGUGAAGGAGAAUAAUGCAUUUCAACAAUUUAUCACCAUAUAUAUAUAUAUAUAUAUAUAUAUAUAUAUAUAUAUAUAUAUAUAAAGCUCUCCAUAUAUAUAAACAGAUUAUGAUUUGUAUUCAAUAAAUAAUUGUACGAACAGCAACUUUUUUUCCUUUGAAAUCUUUAUCAUUAGUCAAUAAUUUUAUGUUUAUCUAUGAAAAUUGUUGUCAGUCAUUUUACUUCACAUGAUUGUAACUAAAAUGUCAAUUUUUCACCACAUAUAUCUCUAUGGCUAAGUUUGCUACUGAGAAAUUUUCUAUUUUAUACAUUAUUGACUAAUAUAGCUAGAGUCCAAAUUCUGAACUAGUGAAAUCAAUUUAUUCAAACAAUAGUACCUCAUGCUUGUUUUCAAUGUUCCCUAGUUGAUAUAAGUUCCUUAACGAAUAACUAGUUCCAAUUUAGCUUUCUGUACAUAUUUCCCAUCCUAAAAGCUCUUCAUAAUAAAUUCCGAAGAAGUAUAUUCAAUGGAAUUAAGAAUCAUUGAGAGUACAGUCAUUUUAUUUUAAUUUUUUUCUUAAUUAUACAAUUGUGUACUGCUUUUUAUAAAAAGUUAUGUUUUAUAUAUUAUGACAAAAAUUAAAAUCAUAUUGAUGUCAUGUCCUUUUUAUUGUAGAAACUAUAUUACACCUAUAAAAAAAACUAUCGAUUUGAUGUUGAGUCACAAAAAACUAGUUUUUCAAAUACCCCAAAAAUACUUUUUUUUAGAAAUAACGUUUAAACAAUCAGUAGUAGUGAUUGUGUACAGCUUCAAUAAGUAUUUUUUUUUGUAUGAAUUAGCAAUAUACAAACAAAAAUCAUUGAAUACAAUGAAAUAUAGAUUCUUUGAUUUCCUUCUUUAAAUAGAAAAUUAGGUUAUUAUACAUUUUUAUUAAAUUUGUUACACGUGAAACAGAGUAUUGCGAAAUCAAUAACUGACAGUUUUUUUUUCAAAAUGAACACUGGAAAAAAUAAUAGGAAGUUUUUUAAAUUUUGUAAUUUACUAUCAUACCAGUGAAGGAUCACUAGCUAAGCGUUAAUGACCUCUUUUAAUAUCGCAGUAUUUAAUAUUCAACAGUAUGAUUUUCUUAAAGAUGUUUUGAUCACUAAAACUAUUAGUAUUAUUCAUUCACUUGCAACUUUGAAUGAAUGUGUUUUCCUGUCAAAUUUCCACGUAAUAUACGAUAUUCAUUAUUGUUUCGGUCAAACAUCGUUUAAUAUUAUUCAUUCAUUACUCUCUUAACUUGCUGUAUUUACCCCGCUCUCAUAGGUAAUUUUAAUAUAUUUGAACAAAAUCAUUGUUAAACAAGCUAUUAUUUUUCACACCACGUUUGUUUUGAGUAUUUGGACAGCAUAGUUAGGUGGAUUAGGAUGUUGAAG